GAAAGUAUUCCUCAAUCAUUGUACUAUCUUUUUCAUUUCCUCGAAGUUCUGCCGAAGCCAACACCUUAUCCUCAUCCUCCACUCUUACACUUCAGCUAUGCAUAUGGCAUUCCUGGUUGCCAUGUUCAGUGCAGUGUCGGUGGUCGUACUGGCGGUUCACUGGGUUUACAGAUGGAGGAACCCAAGGUGCAGCACCGGAAACCUUCCGCCUGGCUCCAUGGGUUUGCCUCUGCUUGGCGAGACCAUGCAAUUCUUCUCACCGAACACCACUUUCGAUGUCUCUCCCUUCAUCAAGAACAGGAUAAAGAGGUACGGGCCAGUGUUCAGAACCAGCUUGGUCGGCCUGCCUGUGGUUGUGUCCACCGACCCGGAGCUCAACCACUUCGUCUUCCAACAAGAGGGGAGGCUGUUCGAGAGCUGGUACCCUGAGACCUUCACCGAGAUCUUUGGCCGCAGCAACGUGAGCUCCUUGCAUGGAUUCAUGUACAAGUACCUCAAGAGCUUGGUUCUCAAGCUCUUCGGUCCCGAGUCCCUCAAAGAGCUGCUGCUUCGUGAUGUGGAGACGGCAGCAUGCGCCAAUCUCUCCUCGUGGUCGCGUCUGUCGAGCAUCGAGCUGAAGGAAGCCACGUCAAAUAUGAUAUUUGAUCUCACUGCCAAGAAGUUGAUUAGCUACGAAUCUUCGUCUUCAUCUGAGAGUUUGAGGAAAAAUUUUGUGGCCUUCCUACGAGGACUGAUCUCGUAUCCGGUGGAUCUCCCAGGCACAGCUUAUCACCGGUGUAUGCAGGGAAGGAAGAACGUAUUGAAAGUGCUGAAAAAUAUGCUUAAAGAAAGGCGGAAUUCUCCAUGGAAACAACAUGGAGAUUUCUUCGACUGUGUCAUUGAAGAGCUGAACAAAGAAAGAUCAUUGAUAACGGAGACCAUUGCUCUGGAUUUGAUGUUUGCGCUGCUCUUCGCGAGCUUCGAGACCACAUCUCUGGCCCUCACGCUGGCCAUAAAGUUUCUCACGGACCACCCAAAUGUACUGGAGAAAUUGACAGAAGAGCAUGACACAAUACUAAAGAACCGAGAGGACCCAAUGACAGGAGUGACAUGGAUGGAGUACAGAUCAAUGACAUUCACAUUUCAGGUUAUCAAUGAAACAGCGAGGUUGGCAAAUAUAGCGCCAGGGAUCUUCAGAAAAGCACUGAAGGACAUCCAGUUUAAUGGAUACACAAUUCCUGCAGGAUGGCGAAUCAUGGUGUGUCCUCCAGCAGUGCAUCUGAACCCUGAGAUAUACGAGGAUCCACUCACCUUCGACCCAAGUAGAUGGAAGGAGAGGCCAGAACUGAAUGGUGGGUCCAAGCAUUUCAUGGCUUUUGGAGGGGGCAUGAGAUUCUGUGUGGGCGCUGAAUUCGCCAAGCUGCAGAUGGCCAUCUUCCUCCAUUGCUUGGUGACCAAAUACAGCUGGAGGGCAAUCAGAGGAGGAAAUAUAGUCCGAACGCCAGGAUUAGGAUUCCCAAAUGGUUAUCACAUCCAGCUCUUUCCCAAAGCUUGAUGAUCUGCAGGGAGAUGGCUUAGACACAGAUCAGUUGUAAGAUAUGUAUAAUAGAGAGUCUAAAUUUCCAUAGAACAAUUAUAUUGUGGUCUAUAGACAUGGCUGCUGGUGGCUCAAGAACUGUUGUUUGGGACCUUCUCCUCUUCUUCCUCAUUGCUACAGUCCUGAGAGAAGAUUUGGUGGUUCCAUCAAAGGUACCUUCUGUUCUCUGCAAGUGUGUAGUGUGUGCAAACUGCUGUUCUGUGCGGUCCACUUGAGAAAUAAAAUCUUGAAACUUUGUGUGUUU